AUGGAUUUGGAGAAACUUGCUCAAACGUGCUAUUUCGAAGAUCACUUGGACAAAGCCAUACGGAACCAGUUCGUAUUUGGCAUCCGGAAUCGUGUGAUACAGUCGCGGUUGCUGGAAGUUAGAAAUUUGACCCUGGACAGGCAAAGGGUCACCGAUGAGUUGCACGGAUCCCGAUCGAAGAACGAGGUGCAACACAUCGAGCACAGAUACAAGAAAAUGAAAAAGAAGAAGUCUUUCCAGUUGGCGAGUCAGUCGAGUACAAGCCAGCAUUCAAGCAAAUUUAAUGGAUCGAAAAACAAUGUUUCCGUUGUGGAUGUUCUGAUCACUUUGCGGACAAGUGCAAACACAAGACGACCGUUUGCAAUUUCUGCCAAAAAAGGGACACUUGAGAAAGUGUGCCAGUCCAAGGCCAAGGAAACGGGGACAGAUGAAGCACACCACUUGGAGGAACACUGCGUUGUCAAGAACGUGUUUCAGAUGAACGCUGUUCGAAGUCAUGCUGGUAAGUUUUUGUUGGAUGUGGUGAUUAAUCACAGAACGCUGACAUUCGAGGUUGUCACCGGGUCGCCCGUAUACCUGGUUAACCUACGUGACAAACGACUUUAUUUCAAUGACUUCAAAAUUAUCCCCACUACUUUACAGCUAAUAAGUUACUGCGGUAAUUAUAUCGGUGUACUUGGUAAAAUGAUGGUAAACAUUGUUGCCGAUGGUGAAGAACUCACACUGCCUCUGCACGUCGCGGAAUCGAGCAGGCACCCCCUGCUGGGUUGCGACUGGUUGCUCGUAUUGAAUGUAGAUUUCAUUCGCGUAUUCAGACCCGGUACACAUUCGGUUUCUUACUGUGACGGUAGGGAUCACUACAUCGCCAGUGCGUUGAAUGAUUUACUGAAAAUGUUCUCACAUGUUUUCGAUAAACGCGUUGGUAAAAUUAAGGGGAUUCAAGCUUCGCUGACCGUUCGAAAGGAUACCAAGCCGAUGUACGUGAAGGCUAGAUCAGUUCAAUUUGCAGUGCGUGGUGCGGUCGAGAAAGAGAUCGACCAGUUCGUAAGUGAUGGUAUCUGGGAAAUGGUGGAUCACUCUGAGUGGGCCACUCCUGUCGUUCCAGUGAAAAAGACGGGCGGUAGGAUACGAUUGUGCGGUGACUAUAAAAUCACACUGAAUCCGUUCUUGCAAGUUGACGAUCAUCCUUUUCCUACGUGGAAGAACUUUUCGCAACCGUUGCGGGGGGAGAGACCUUUUCAAAGCUGGAUCUAUCCCAGGCCUAUUUGCAACUAG